UUGCCGCAGGAUGAUGUGAAAUUGCUGAAGGAUUUAGGACUGGAUGUUUUCCGGGUGUCCAUUGCUUGGUCACGUGUAUUGCCACAUGGAAAACUAAGUAGAGGAGUUAACAAAGAAGGGAUUGCCUUUUACAACAAUGUCAUCAAUGAACUCCUUGCAAAUGGGAUAACACCAUUUGUGACACUAUUCCAUUGGGACCUCCCUCAAGCACUAGAGGAUGAAUAUAGAGGUUUCCUAAGUCCUCUAAUUGUUGACGAUUUUCUGGAUUUCGUGGAACUUUGCUUUAAGAAUUUCGGAGACCGUGUUAAGAAUUGGAUCACAUUCAAUGAACCGUUUACUUUCACAAACGGGGGCUACGAUGGGGGAUUCCUCGGGAAUCUGGCCCCCGGACGGUGCUCGUCGUGGGGCAAUUGCCCCCAGGGCGACGCGGCGAAAGAGCCCUAUUUUGUUGCUCAUCAUAUUCUCCUUAGCCAUGGUGCAGCUGUUAAAUUAUACCGAACAAAAUACAAGGCAGCUCAAAAGGGUCAAAUCGGGAUAACGAUAGUGAGCAGACUCGAUGUUAUAGCAGCACAACGAGCCCUCGAUUUUGUUUUUGGAUGGUUUAUUCAUCCAGUAGUAUACGGUGAAUAUCCAAGAACAAUGAGACCAAUUGCUGGUAGUCGAUUGCCACGAUUUACGACGGAGCAAAGUGCGUUAUUGAAGGGAUCGUAUGAUUUUAUAGGACUGAAUUAUUAUACCGGGAAUUAUGCAGCACAUAUUCUAACUCGCAACGGAAACGUUAGCAGCACUUCCGAUCAAAUGGUUCGUCUCUCAACUGAUAUUAAUGGUGUGCAGAUCGGUGAUCCAACCGGAGUUAGCAUAUUUUAUAGCUACCCGAAAGGACUUCACGAUCUUCUAGUCUACACCAAGGAGAAAUACAACAACCCCCCGAUUUACAUCACCGAAAACGGUCUCGGCGACGAGAACAAUGACACCAUGGAACACCUCACUCAAGAUCCACAACGAAUCGAUUUCUACAAUCGUCAUCUCCAUGCUAUUCGAAAAGCCAUUGCUGAAGGCGUAAAUGUUAAGGGAUUUAUUGCAUGGUCAUUUUUGGAUAAUUUCGAAUGGGGCUCCGGAUAUACACAACGGUUCGGGCUUGUCUACGUGGAUUACAAAAACGGGCUUAAAAGAAUUCCCAAGAAAUCAGCACUUUGGUUCAAGAAGUGCAUCCAAAAAAUUAAAUAAGCGCGAUUUGAAUUCGCGUUUUUUGGAGCGAAACUACCAUCGUUUCCUAUUAGAGCCGAUUUAACUUUGUUAAAUAAAUUAUCGGCAUCUUCUCUAAUGACCGUUUAAUUUGCUCGGCUAUAAAAUAAAUGUUGUGUGGAAGUUCUUUUGGUAAUAAAUUACUGUCUUCGUUUUUCAUUA